AUGGAUAACGAUGAAGACUUCUUGAAGACUCAAGAAGAGGGCCUAAAAGCCGACUACCAAGAACUGAGAAUCCAAAUAGAGGAGAAUGAAAUUAUCCAUGGCAUUCCUUCAAAAGGUAUGAGUUCUAUCUACAUACCUCGAGAUCCUGAGUACUUUCGUCGACGACGCAAACUUGCCAUACAGCGCACUCUCCAAGUUUCAUCACCAAGCGAACUAAUUAUUCAAGCCGAUCAGAUGGUUGCAGACCAAGAAACAUGUCUAAAAGGCGAAAUUAAUGCUACUACUCUCAUACCUCUUCUUCUCCAGUAUUUUCUUGAUAGAAUGGGUGAAAUUGUGAUUGCAAAACACAUUCUUAUGCUUCGCUGGAAGCGAUAUUGCUCGGACACCAUGAAGGUUGAACAGGUUUAUCAAGACUACCUAACGAUUAUAGGUCGUCUUACGGAUGAAUACUUAGAAUGCAGUUCAAGAGCUCAUCGACUUUCAGCUGGCGAAGAAGCCCUUCUUGCUGGGAAUGAUAGUGCUUUGGAAUGCGCUGAGUUUGAAGAUAUCCAGAUUUAUUGGAGAGCGCUUAUAUUUAAACUGCAGUCUCAAACCUAUUUUAAACAGCUCAUUAAUCUUAUUAAGUGGUUUCCCUAUGGACAUCGUGAAGGAUUCAAACAGGAUUUAUCGAAACAACCCCAGCACCUAUUAAACUACAAUGAGGACCAAGACAUUCGGCAGAUGCUGAGUCUGGUUUUAGAUAAGGGUCCAGCCACAGUUCGUGCAGAUGACGAAAAAUUGCAUAGCAUUAUUACAAGUGAAGAAGAUACGGACACAACUGAAGCUCUUCCACCAUCCUCUUUUCCAGAGGAAAUGGACCAUAAUCCUAUUGGUACACAAGAGUCUGUUGCUGAAAGUGGACAAUCCCCUAGGGACGACGCUGAAACUCUUACAACUGGUCAUAGUGCAUCAGAGAGUCUACGUGCAGAUGAUUCUACAAAGCGCGAUUACACCGACUCAAACAGCCCUCCUUGGAAAUCAUCUUAUAUCACUAACUUGACACCAGAUAAUUUGCCAGAAACCCCAACUGGAUCAAUGACAUCUUUCAAGCCCGCCAUCAUGAUUAAGGAUCAAGAAGAACAAGAUGUCAAAAUCGCUGAUCAGACCUUUAAAUUUUCUGAACAUUCGCCUCAACCACCUGGCAUUUACGCAGCGCAUUUGGAAGGAGCAGGGAAUCCGUUGCUACCAACUUCAACAAAUAUUCAGUUUACAGUAGCCGGUGGUGGAUCGGUCGUAAAUGAAAGCUAUUUUGGCCUCCCCAUGCAUACAACCGAUAUUGCAAACAUCCGACCUUAUCUAGCCAUCUUUUUGGAGGCUUAUAAUAUAGAAUUUAAUGUCCAUACCAUUCGCUCAGCAGCUGAUGAGAUGGAACUAUUUGGGGUUAUAAACAGGAAUUUCAAUCGAAUUUUCCUUGAGCAAGAGGAGAAGCGAACUUUCAAAACAUAUGAUGCACCUUCGGCAAUUUCUGAGAAGUGGGGUGUUGAGACUCCAAAUCGCGCAAUGAAAAAGCCAGCUAAUUGGUUGCAGUUCAGGAAGUUGAAGCCACAUAGAAAUGCCUAUUUGGUUGAGACCAUGACAAAGCUAAGAUGCGCAGGAAAUGUUGAUGAAAUUUUGCGUUCUUUGUCUGCAUUUUUUAAGAUAAAUAAACCUGAGCAUGUUCAAGGCGCCCUUCGAAAUCAUGCAAUGUUGGUAAAAAAUCCGCCUAUUAUCCACUCGGCAUCGGUUGUCAACCAUCGUCAGGGCAUGAAAAUUAGCGAAAUCUAUCGAAAAAUUUUCUCCAACCCUGAGUUGUACAAGGAAGUUUCAUCUUCAGUGAAAAAUAAUGAUCGAAGCCAAUUUGAAUUAGCAGAAGCACUACAGAGACUUGGCCUAGAUGAUGCUAAUUAUGGAACGGAAGACCCGUCGAGUAUUCAAGGUGGAUACCUCUCUUAUCUGCAUUUGAGGCACCUCAAAAUUCGUGACUUUCAACGAACGUGCAUAUCUAUACUUAAUUACUUCCGAUCGAUUGAACGAACGUUGACAAUUAAUGAUCAAGGCCUGUCUCUGUCUUCUAGAGGCGUUGAACGAGUGAGCCCACAAAACCAUCGAUUUGGACCCCAGAUGAACGGUAAUCAGGCGGGAACAAGUAAUCUCAGUUGGCAUAGUUAUCUCUUCAAUACGCCUAGGGAGUAUAGAAUCAAAGAAAGUGAAUUUAUGCAAUUCGCCGACAUUGAGAAUCACGACGAUUUCUACUACCACGAAAAUAAUCGUAUUCACGUUCGUGAUCAAGUUGGCUGCUGGAUAAUAUACGACUGUGCUCUAGAAGAUUUCAACAAUUUGGAGAACGAUCUCCUGCUUCUGUCGACGCAUUUCAUCCAAAAGGACAAGGCGUUAAGUAUAAAACGAAGACAAAUAGAAAUCGAUGUUAACCAGAAGGAAUUCAAUAUCGCUAGCUAUGCUCACAGUGAAAUCGAUAGAUUUGGUGUGUUGUAUGAUAUCUGGACGAAUGAAUCUGCAUUCCAGGAAGCCAAAAAAGAAUUGAUGGAUGUAUACGUGGAGGCUUAUCAACACAUCUGUUCACGGGAUAGUCGCCGAAGACUAGCACAAGUUAUGGUUGAUCUGAUGCAUCAGCGACCACGAAUCGAACUCAACGCCAAUUACUUUGUUCUCGCCUACCGUUAUGAAUGUGCUAUUCUUAGACUUAAGGCAGCCAUCCUGAAACACUGUUUUGAUACACAAAUAGAGCAACAGAGAGAAUAUAUUUACAAGCUAGGGACCGACUGUACGGAGUAUGGGUAUCCGUUAGCCUACUCCAGAAAUUACUUAUUCAGUUCAAACUCGGAUAAACCAGCCUUAACACCUUGCUAUCUGUUGGAAUUGCGAACAUCUCUCUCCAUGGCUCCAAAUCUAGCUGAAGCCCUGCAACAGGCAGUGAAUUUGACCUUUGACCUCCUCUCACCGACUCGCAUGAUUGAUGAAGUGGUACUGGAAAAACAAUUCUAUGAGGUUCUCCAGAAAGAAAUAAUCAACAUGGAACCUCCAGGUUUCUCCUAUACCCAAGCUUUGCAGAAAGAUUUAUUCGCCAACAAUUUCAUUGAUGACGCCAAACAAAUGUCAACUUUCCUUCAAGAGCGCUACACUAGUAUUCAAGAGGCAAAUACUCGAGGCGAUAAAUCCCAACGAAAAGCUUUUCUCCUUAAUAAGCUUGGUCAUGUGUUCAAUGUGGUAUUUUUACGUCAUCGAUUAAUAACUUGCCUAUGGGAGACAGAAAUCCUAGCAAAAAUCUACCUCCACACGGCAAUUAAAAUGGGCUACGAUGAGUACCAUCUCUUCUUGCGACCUGUGCAAUUCGAGGCGGCAAGUUAUAAGGAGAGCGCCAAUGAUGCCAAGCCUCCUAUCUACAUUACUUCCGUACAAGACGACGAUUCCAUUGUUGAUAAGUUCAUCACUUCGGCCCUACCUCUGGCCAUCCAUGAACUGGAUGAAACACAUGUCGGCAAAUUCUCCUUCAAAGGCAAGGUCAAUGUGGCUGAGCUAUGUGAUGAACGGGGAGUUGAAAAUCUCCUUAUAAUUCUGAAAACUCAAUUAACUCACAAAAAUGCCCUUAUCACAGCUCUAAUGCUGGCAUUCAACGCCCUGCCAUCCUUCUUCAACGCAUUUGCUUUGGGUCGCAGCAAGAAAGGUUUCACUUCCGUAAAUGAGGCCACCUCAAUAGCUGAAUACACUGGAUUUUUAACCUCUCAAAUGGGUCCAACUCCAUUGGCUUUUGAAAGAGCUUUUCGUCAACCCAAUGUGGAUUUCCACCCAGAAGCAUUCUUCUCAAUUCAACUAGAGAAGAGUAUCUGCAGAGAUCGUGUUAUGAACGCAUAUGCAAAAAAAAUUCAGGGGAUGACAAAGUCGAAGAGUGGAUCUUCGAAUGAAAGUGAAAAGCUAAAACGGUGA